GGGCCGUUGUUCCAGGGAGAACUGCAAGUACCUGCACCCUCCUCCCCAUCUAAAGACCCAGCUGGAGAUCAAUGGCAGGAACAAUCUGAUUCAGCAGAAAAAUAUGGCCAUGCUAGCCCAGCAGAUGCAGCUCGCCAAUGCUAUGAUGCCUGGCACUCAGCUACCCCCCAUGCCCAUGUUUUCGAUGACACCAGGCCUGGCCACCAAUGCAAGCGCAGCAGCAGCUGCUGCCGCUGCAGCCUUCAACCCUUACCUGAGCCCAAUGUCUCCAAGCCUGAUGCCUCCAGAGAUCCUGCCCAGCACCCCUGUGCUUAUGUCAUCCAGCCCCAACCUUAGCCAAGUUCCCAACGCUGCUGCUGCUGCAGCCCAGAAACUGCUGAGAACAGACAGACUUGAGGUGUGUCGUGAGUAUCAGAGGGGAAACUGUGCUCGGGGGGAGGGCGAGUGCCGCUUCGCUCACCCCGCAGAUAGCACCAUGAUCGACACCAACGAUAACACCGUAACCGUGUGCAUGGACUACAUCAAGGGUCGGUGCACUAGGGAAAAGUGCAAGUACUUCCACCCUCCUGCCCAUCUGCAGGCUAAAAUUAAGGCCACCCAGCAUCAGGUGAACCAGGCCACGGCUGCCGCGGCCAUGACUCAGUCGGCUGUCAAAUCACUGAAGCGACCCCUCGACGCAACCUUUGACCUGGGCAUCACCCCUAGUGUCAUGGCUCCCCUCCCAAAGCGGGCAGCCCUGGAGAAGGCCAACGGGGCCACAGCCAUGUUUAACACCGGCAUGCUUCAGUACCAACAAGCCCUGGCCAGCAUGCAGUUUCAGCAGCAGGCUGCUUUCCUCCCAUCAGGCUCAAUAUUGUGCAUGACACCUACAGCCAGCGUUGUUCCCAUGAUGCACGGUGGUACUCCAGCCACUGUGUCUGCAGCCACCACAUCUGCCACAAGCGUUCCCUUCGCAACUGCCUCCACCAAUCAGGACUCUUCCUUAUCAAAGUUGACUACCAACGAAUACAUGCAAUUGAUUCCAAUAAUAUCUGCAGAUCAUCUGAGUAGUCACAAGUACUUGACUCAAAUGUAGUUCCUCUUAAGAACAAUCAAAUGAAUGUGUGCUGGCACCGUCCAAGCCAAAAGAGUUAAGCCUUUAUGUACAUAACCUUCAGAAUGUCAAGCAAUGGGACAAGGAGGGUCAGCCAUCUCUUAGCCUGUCCACAAUGAGGGACUCGUCACAUGCGUCAAGGGUACAACACAUGAUCUGUGCCAUCUUCCCACAUAUCAAUAUCCAGAAGAAUUUGCCGUCAGAGUCAACGUCCAGCCAAGAAGAGGAGGAUCACGUGAUACAUCGGUGUAUCUGAAUCCGUUUGCUCUACUUGUUAUCAUUACUGCAUGCACAGGAGGUCAAGAGCGAUGUUACAUGAGACAACAUCUAGUGCUGGUACGUUAAUAGACCAACAGUUUCCUUCCUUUUAUCUACUUUUUUUUUUUCAGCUUCGUUUGUAAUCGAUAGCCAUAUUUCAUAGUUUACAAGUGGAAUGCAAAUAUGCACCUUGAAUUUAAUUGAAUUCUGAAAGGCACAAUGAUAAUAACAGAUAUUUUUCUUCUGUCUUUUUUUGUUUUGUUUUGUUUUUCUCUGCCAAAUGCAUUCGGCAUGUACAGUAUUGUGUUAAACGGCUACUAGUGAAACUAGAUGUUGAAAUGAGGGUGUUGGACAUAUGAAUGUUCUGGGUUAACCAACAUACCUGUGUACCUUGAAAGCACAGCCAGGCUAGCUUUUCUCACCUUGUCAUGUGCCAUCAAGGCCAUACAGCUAAAACCAGAGUGUUAUCUCAGCAGUGUUAUUUGUUUACCGAAGGUAAAACUUUUGUAAGGCUCUUUUUGUAUUGUUUUCUUUAAGAAUCUCCAUUGUGAGUGUGUGUGUUUUUUUAUUACUAUUAUUAUUAUUAUUAUUUUAAUCUUCCUUUUUUUUUUUUUUUUUUAGAAUGAUUUAGAUUUGAAAGUGGGGUUUAAUUUGUUUUUUUUUUUGUUAUCAAAACAGAGGGUCUUUCUAAAAUCCGUCAUGCCUCUUUUAACUAAUUUUUAUUUGUCACGAUAAGUUUUUAAUCAAGUCCGUCGACUCUAAAGCCUGGGAAAUAGAGGGAAUGGUUUUAAUUAGCGUGUUUUUACCUGAUUCCCUUCGUUUUCAAAUAGUAGUAGCUCUGCAAGAAACUCUUUUGUUUUCAGGCCCUAAACGUCUGGUAGGUCAUUAAAACAUGCGUGCACUUCAAUUUGUCAGGUCACUGUUUUAGCUUCUCCUGUUUUUCUUUUUUUUGCUAGAAUGCAACGUGCAUUUCAAGUAAAAAUAUGAAGCUUUUGUUGAUCUCUCUAUGAAACCAAAGCACAGAUUUGCUCUUAAGUCUUACAUUUAGGUUGAGGCUUACAGAUGAGAAAAUAAUUUCAAGUUUUUCCUCCAUCUGCAUGUGUUUUAUGAUUAUUUCCCUCUUAGAUUUUUGCAGAAGCGUGUGCUGUGUCUUUACCGAUGUUAUAUACCUAACAAAGCCUUAGAUCACAAUGUUUGGGUCUGUACCCAAUCAAAUAUCCCUUCAAUCACCUCGCAGGAAAUAGAAAAAACACCAAUGACAUUUUGAAAUUCUCUCAUAACACUUUUAAACUUCACCUUUUUUUUUUUUUGUUAAUCUGUUUCUCUUAAAAAAAGAAAUACUCUCCUUAAUUUCAUUACAUUUAUGUGUUAUGUACUACUUAAGAAUUUUAAUCUAUUUGAGGUAUGUAGUUUUAGAUUUUUUUCUUGUUUUGUGUCUUAUUAUAUUAUUACCUGACAACAGUCAUAUAGCCGUUGUAGACAUUAAGAUAGUAUGACAUUCAUAACUUUUUCAAACCAUGUAGAGGAUAAUGUGUUUAAAUACUCACUUCAUUCAUAUAGCUGGACGUCUUUCUCCUUUGUUGUAUUUGUCAUUUGAUUUUAUUGAUGAGAAACUUUUUGAUACAAGGAAUAAGAUGUUGGAGAAGCUUUUAUCUUCCUUGUAACAUGUCAAUGUCAUGUUUGGAAAAUACUAUAUUGUAUGGAAAAAAAAUGGAUUGUCCAUGUUUUAGAGAGGAAAAAAUAUUUUCUACUGUAUCCAUUUCAAAAAGAGAUGUAGUUUUGUUUUAAAUAUUAAGUUUGCCCUGAAUGUCAGGCCAAAACGAGCAGUGAGAUUGAUGUCGAUGUAUGUUGAGAUACGGGGUGAGGAAAGUCGAGACUUCCCCCCUCCCACUGGGGAAGAGUCGGAAAUGCUGCAGAUAAUGAGUUUUAACCUAAGGGACAAAGGUUAACAUUUUGCACUUCUGUAUAUAGUAAAAUUAACAGAGAAAUAAAAAAAUACAUGUACCAUAAUGAGAUAUUAUUUUGAAUAAAAGAAAAAAAGAUCUAUAAUUAUAAGAAAUUUUGCUAGAUUAAUUUAAAAAUUCUUAAAUUAGAAGACCAGCUAAAAAUUUGCUUGCAAACAAGGGCACUAGUUUCUGGGCCAAUGCAUUCAGAGAAAGCUAUGCGCUUAUUUUCUAGGUGGCUCCUAAUGCCAGGGAAUGUUGCAGGGGAACAGAUGUCCCCGUGUCACGCUAACUCUACGCCUCUGAUAGGAUGACAUAUCCAUUAAGGUUCAUAUACUCACUUACUGGACAAGCAGUGUCCCAUGGUACAGUAGAUACAUAAAUCUAUGAAAAAAUAUAUCUUCUAUUAUAUUUGAUUUGAUUGCAUGUAAACAAAAGAAGCUGUGUAGAUAUAUAAAGAAAGAAGGCACCUUCAGAAUACAGGAUCCACAGUACUUUUCAAUGAAUCGUAAGUUAUUUUGUUUCUGAAAUCAUACAUGCAGUAGAAAUUAUCUACAGUGUGGAGAAAUAAUACUUUAAAAUUGAGUCAUCUUACUGAAGUGUUUCCAAUCAAACAAGUUAUUUAACGGAUAAUAACCUAUUAGCACUCGUCCACCUCAGAUAUGUUCAGAUAGAGACUUCCAGUCCCCACUAACUCACAAGCAGUCGUUCCUGCUUUUCGUUGCUGUGCACUCAGCAGGUGAAGGCUCGUCAAACCAAAUGCACAUUUGGCAAAUUCCUCUUUAAGAUGAAUGUAAUAGUCAGUGUCGAUACGUUUCUAUCUUGAGGCUGCUUUGUAUAGUCGCUACAUAACCAAAGCGCUUUUUUGUUUUUUCUCAAAAAAACAAGACUUUUUAAGUCUUCUGGCUGCAACCAAGGUCUUUCUUCCCUGCUGGGUGCACAUGUUUGCUUUUAACUGCUUUUUACCUGUAAGUGCACCAACCAGUUAUGUAUUUGCUAACAGCUGUCACACAAUAAUGUACUAUUCUGUCUCCAGAUUUGUUUAUGCUCAUUUUAAUGUUGCCAUAAUUGACUCUUGCUGUAUGGAUGAAAACAAAAACAAAAAAAUCUGAAUAAAACUAUUUGAUUUGCUCAUGCAA